UGUGUAUGGGAAUAAAAGACACUAAGUGAUGACUUCAGAACAAAAUUGACCUUAAAGAGCAUUAUCCUCGUUAAAUAGCCCCUUCAGCAGCAAUUUCUAUUUUAUUUGAUUUUUAAGUCUUUUGUUCAUUCUCAAUUUCAUCCUUAUUACUGUUAGAUUGGAAGUAAAAAUACAGUUGGAAAAAUUCAUUGCCUUUGCAAUCAUCUGUCAGCAUUUGGUGGAGAUUUCUUUGUCGCGCCAAAUCCAAUCGAUUUUGAUGUGGUUUUUGACGAGUUCACUCGCCUUGGGGAGACUGGAAACUUUGUGGUUUUAUCUUUCGUUUGCCUAGUAUUUGGUGUUUACGCUGCUGGACUCGUAUUUGCAAGGAGAGCCGACAAGAAAGACCAUUUUGAGGUAUUUUUUAGCAAGUGUAUUUUGUUCUGCGGAAUUAGCAGCUUGGAAAACUACUGAGUUAUCUAAUAUUAAUUUCAAAGUAUUCCUAUAUUUUUAUCCAUUUAUUUUAGUCAUUAUGAAGAGUGCAGUGUGUCCCACGUUAGCCCUGUUUUUAUUGAUUAUAUUUAAUAAUCUUUUUUUGUAAAGGUGAUUCCAAAUGUUCAGCUCCCGACAGUAGAACAUGGUGACUACAAACACUCUUACAACAUCUCAAUUCAAACUGGUAUCUGGAGGGGCAGUGGAACCACAGCAAAUGUUGCAAUAGUACUGUUUGGCGAGAAUGGCUGCACCCCUCCAAUUCUCUUAUCACAUAACUAUCUGGAAAAAAAGUUCUUUGCUCGAGGAAGCGUUAACAGUUUCACUCUCCAUCUUACUGAAUCUCUGGGCCCGUUGUUUAAAAUUAAAAUUUGGCACGACAAUUCAGGAAAUAGCCCUGCGUGGUUUUUUCAUCAAGUACUGGUUACCUGCAAUGCUACUAAUGAAAAGUGGUAUUUCCUAGGUAACCAAUGGCUUGCUUUAAAUAAAGGUGAUGGUGAAAUUGAAGUGGAGAUUGCUUCCGCGGGAAAGAGAGAAUCGUUGGCUUUUAGAAACCUUUUUUAUUUUCGGAGUGCCAAAACUCUUAGCGAGAAGCACUUGUGGUUAUCACUCUUUACGAAAGCACCUCAUAACACUUUUACGCGGUGCCAACGCCUUUCUUGUUGCUUUUCAAUAUUGUUUGCUACAAUGGUGACUAAUGCGAUGUUUUACAAGCAGGGUGUUGGGAUAGGAGACUCUUUUAAGAUCGGUCCUUUUAAGUUAUCUUGGACUCAGAUUAAAAUUGGACUUCAGAGUGGGCUGGUUUCAGUUCCCGUCAACGUUCUUGUUGUUGCGAUAUUUAGGAACAUAAAGGCAGCGGCUUCAAAUAUCAGCAACGGGAGCAGUAAACAAAAUGAUCUAAAUGAAAAAUCAAGCGGAUUUUUUCCUCAUUAUUUUGUUUAUAUUGGAUGGGCUCUUUGCCUGACAAUGUCUAUUGUAUCAGCAGCUUUCGUUGUUUUCUACAGCCUGAUGUGGGGUAAGGAAGUAGCUAAUCAGUGGCUAGCUUCAGUGAUGAUCUCCUUCUUUCAAGACGUCAUUGUGAUUCAGCCAAUAAAAGUUGUAGUUUUAGUAUCACUUCUGUCACUCAUCUUAAGAAAGCCAGUAGAAAAUGACGAAAUCUAUGGACAAUGUCUCUCAAGCCACAGAGUAGACAAGGAAUCCAUUUUGCAUCCACCGAGGGGUGAAGAGUUGCAUAGGGUACGCUCAUUGAGUGUUCUGAAAAGCAGACUUACGAAGGUGGUGAUAGAGAUCACCAUAUUUAUUGUGUUCCUGUCUCUCUUGAUGAUGGUGUGUUACGGCAAUCGUGACAGCACCAGAUAUCAGCUUACGAAGUCAAUAAGGCUUGUCUUCACAGGAUUUGAGAAGGUUUGUUUACAUUUAUAUAGAAUGAUAUAACUGUAACAUAUAUAUUUCCCUUUGGAGUAGCCUUGGUGAUCAUAUUGACAACUGACAACAAGCCCCUUUUAGAUUUCAACUAAUAUACCUUCUUUUCUCUUAUACCAAUCUUUUAUAUUGUUUCAUAGUGGUUUAUAUAGUGACGCUAGGAGAUGCUUAAAUCUACAAUGCAUUGUUAUAUUUGUAAUGACUAAGCCUACGAUGAUCCGAUUGCCAAAUAUGGUCAUCAGCUGCGAAAGAUUAUCUGACAACUUUAACAAAAAUAAUCAAGCUAAGUAGGUAAUGUAACUGGGUCAUCGGCGAACGAGCGUCAGACUCAGGAAACAUUUUUUUACGGUACGUGAUCCGUUACCCAACAAGGGAUCACUGGUCACAGUAGUAAGAAUGGCGAUAAUAAUGAUGGUGGUAAUGAUAUUAAACGCCGAGGAGGAAGUAAAGUAAUUCACAGUCGUGAAUUAAACAAAUAUGAUUUUCUGUAUCUGAAACAAUUUAAAGAAAAAAUCCGGCAUGCUAAAUAAAGUUAUACAGUAAAGCAAAAAAGAAGCCCUCGGAUAUUGAGCAAAACUAAAGGGCAAGGUGUAAGUUAUUAGUUUUCUUUCUUUGCAGGUAAAUAGCACAGAGUCCUUCUGGAAGUGGGCUAAGGAACAACUCGUAGAAGACCUUUUUAAUGUCAGGUGGUAUAAUGGCAGGCCUUUCAUCUACAAAGAAGGGUUUAUCGGAAACAGAGAAGCUUUCAUGGUGGGGAUGCCAAGACUUCGACAAAAGAGAAUCAAAAUUGGUGAGGGCAAAGCGAUGAUUUUAGACCUGUGCUAUGUUUAAGUUUCCGUGGAAACUCUAUUUCUCAACAAGUUUGAAAAAAGGGUGACACCAAGUGUCUUCUAGUUCAAAAAAUUGUGUAAAAUAGACAGAAAAUAAAUAAUAGGUGUACUGUACUUCCCAUUUCAAUUUCAAAGCUUUAGUAGCUCAUAUCAACCCAUAAACUACAUCCCAAUUGUCAAUAAAUAUCUCCUAUGUAUCACAGGUGGCCCAAGCGUAAUGUGAGAGUUUGUAUGGGAAAUGAAACUUAGAUGAAAUAAAUGAACUAAAAGCGGUAAAAGUUAUCAAUAAAGUGUAAAUAUCGUUACCUGGUGUUGUUGUCCAUGUUUCAGCGUGAAUUGAGUACUUUUACAUCAAUUGACCUGACAGUAAUAAUAAGGGACAAGGUAGGACAGAAUCGCUCGAUCGAUCUUCAGAGCUGCUCAAAUGCUGUUCAAAUUUCACGCGAAAAAAACAAACACACUUACAUUUUGCACCGCUGAAUCUACAAUGUGAUGCCUUAAGAUCACCUUUCUGCAAUCCGUUCUGGCAAACUUUGCGUCUGGAUCGCAUAACUCGAUCGAAAAGAUCAACUACAGUUCAACAAUCGGCGUCAUUUAUCCAUAACUGGUAAAAGUGUAACGUUUCAACCGUUUUGUCGCUCGGCGAGAGAGGGUUGAGACAAAUUUCUACGCACCCACCUCCCAGCAAGGCUAAAAAUUAAGAAAUAAUUUUUACAUCAGCUGUUUGAGAACUCGGAGUUUUUAAAAAUUUUUCUCCUUGCUGAGAGGUGGAUGCGUAGAGAUUUGUCUUAACGAAGAAAUGUCACCCUCGCGGUGGGUUAUUAUUUGACGUUGGCGACCAGUCACCGCCGAGCGACAAAACGGUUGAAAUGUUACACUUUCACUAGACAUGGAUAAAUGGCACCGAUUUUUGAACUAUAAUUUAUCUUUUCGAUCGAGUUAAGCCAUUCAGACGCAAAAUUUUCCAGUGCGGAUUGCAGAAAGGUGAUCUUAAGGCAUCACGUUGUGGAUUAGGCGUUGCAAAAAGUAGUAGUAGUCAAUUUAUUUCUCUCUAUAGGUUAUACGGUCAAGUUAUAGAAACAGGUAAUUCAUUCAUUAUGAAAUAACUUAAGAGAAAAAAAGGGCAAAAAUAGUAAAACUAAUACAUUGCCCUCGUAGAUGGAAAAAUAUAAAAGAUUUCUAAUGAAGUGGAUACAACGAAGGAAAAUAAAUAAAUAAAUUACAUUAAUUAAAAUGCUAAUACAGAAAACCAAAAAAUAAAUAACAAACAAUAAUCAAGUAAAAUAUAACUGGUCUAAACACAUGAAUACACGAACACACACACACACGUGAGAUUAAUCUAGGUGUUAAGUAUAUAAGUAGAUGAGGCAACUAAGUCAAUCUUGCAUUUAUUUAAUAUCGUGAUGAAUAAUGACUGAAGAGGGAAUUCUUGAAUAGUUUUUUAGUAGGCCUAGAGCGGAUAGAAAUAGAAGAUCGUUCGUUCCAAACGUGUGCUCCGGAAUUUUAUAAAAUCUCAGAUUAAAGUCUCUAGAGUAGCGCUCCAAAGCCAAGAGCCGUUCAUAAAGGGAAUUAAUCGUCGAGGUGUUACUUUCCAUGUCCUGCUCAAUCUUCUCCACCUUGCAAUUGAUGUCGUGAAUUUCGCCAUUUACUUUUUCACAUUUUUCGGUAAGCGGAUCUUGUUUUUUUUUUGAGAUUCCCGAUAGUAUAACGUCGUUUGAAGAGACUCUGGCUUUAAGUGAGUUCAACUCGCUCAACUUCUCAUCUUGUGCGCUCUUAAUGGCAUUUACACUUUUCUGGAGCGAACCAAGUGUUACCCGAACAAACGUCUCAAAAAGUCUUGUUCUUCGCCUUUCUUAUUCUUUGCUUUCGUGCUCAUACUUCUAAGUGACAUUAACGACAUGAAUACAUACAAAGAGAACAAAAAUGUAUAAAGCCUAGCCAUUGGAAAUUUCGUAUUCCACGGAGUUAAAAUGUAGCGGCCCUCUUGCUGCCGCGCUACCCAAAAUGUAAGUGUGUUUGUUUUUCCGCGUGAAAUUUGGAGCUGAUUCUGAGCAGCUCUGUCGGUCGAUCGAGCGAUUCUGUCCGGCCUUGUCUCUUAUUAUUACACUGUCAGGUCAGAUGAUGUAAAAGUACUCAAAUCGCGCUGAAACUAAGUAAAGACAAAGACAACGACACCAGGUGACAAUAUUUUCACUUUAUUGAUAACUUUCAUCGCUUUUAGUUCAUUUAUUUCAAGUUUCAAACUCUUUAUUGCCCGUACAAUUUCUCAUAUUACGCUUGGGCCACCUGUGCUAUAUAUUAGCCGAUUUCUACCAAAUUCGCAGUAAAUGUGUCUCAAAGAUAAAGGAACAUUUACUGAAAUGGACCAGUGUGAAGAGAAAAUCGUCUUAUUAAAAAUAAUUAUUAGUAAUGGUAACAGGACUGAGUGGAGUCCAAUUCGGUCUGUAAUCAUACGAGUGAUUGACAAAAUCGGACGACCGCGUAGCGGGAGUCCGAUUUGUUUAAUCACGAGUAUGAUUACAGACCGAAUUGGACGACACGAAGUUCUGUUACCAAUUAAUCAUAACUUUAACAAAAUUUGUGAUAUAAUAGGCUAUUUUUUAAAUCAAAACACAAGAAACUCGAAAUUUUGUUUUGCCAGCAGUGAAAAAAAAAGCCACUUAAGCGCAGGCGUGGUGGCGCGUGCUGUCCAAUUACUUAGGCAUGACGCGUACUGUCCUAUUAAACUGUCCAAUUAAGGCUGAAAUCAGGGCAGUUGAUAGCCAAUCAGAUUUGACAAUUUUGUUAUAGUUAUGAUUAAUAGAAAAAAAAUAGCGAGGGGGUGGCAUCCAACCCUACCUCCCCCCACCGUAAGUCCGAGGGUCAAGUGAACUUAAAAACUAUUUUUGUAGCUAAACUUUUUUGUUUGCGGUGAAAUUUGCGGUGAAUGGCUCCCUUGUCCCUUGCAUGCAAAAAAAAUAAUCCUCCAAAUCAUUUUUUUUUUGUCAGAUCCCAGUUGUCAAGUCAGGGUUGUUGAGCCUUCACUUGUGCAAUUGUUUCCCAGAUGCAUCCAAUACUACAGUGUAAAGAACGAAGAUAUGACCAAGUAUCACAAGCCCAAAUGGAUUCCAAUUUAUAAUGAAAGUCAUUUUGAAUCCCUUUUCCAACGGUCAUUCCUCUGUCCAAGACCCUGGCGUUAUGAAACUGCCGAGCAGUUGCGUACAUUGUCAUUUCAGGGCUUGUAUUCAGUGUACUCUGGUGGCGGUUAUGUAGCUGAUCUUGGCUAUAAUCGAGAGGAUGCUCAGCAGGUGAUUGACAGCUUGGAAAUCAAUAAUUGGAUCGAUGACAUUACAGCUGCCGUAUUUAUUGAAUUUACCGUGUUUGAGCCGGCAACCUCUUUAUUCUGUGCUAUUAAGAUGCUGUUCGAACGAUUUCCAAACGGAGGUACGAACACGUUUUCACAGUUUAAAACGUUGACAGUCUACUCUCCUCAAGAUCCUAACUUUCGAGGAGCCUAUGAGACAUGUCAAUUACUCUUCAUGCUAUUUAUCCUAGUAUGCGUAGGCAUCGAAGUUGUUAAGAUUUACCAGAGUGGUUUUAAGUAUUUCAAAGAUCCAUGGAGCUGGUUGGAGUUAAUUCUUCUAGGAAGCUCGGUUCUCUCAUUAGCUGUGUUCUUCUUAAAAGAAUAUUACACGAGCAAAUUUAUCUUAAAGGUUAAAGAGAACCCUUUUCAAAGCUGGAGCACAGAUGACAUUGCUUUGUGGUCUGACACCGAAGUGUUUUUGCUGUCAUUUGUUGUAUUUUUAGUGACAAUGAAGCUUUUAAGAAUUAUUCGAUUUAAUUCGCAUAUUAUUCAAAUGCGAAUGACACUCAGUAGCGCCGCCAAGUUCUUCUGGUCUUUUACCGCUGUGUUCAUGACGAUAAUUAUUGCCUAUGUCAUGCUUACUACACUUACUUUUGGCAGAAGCGUUGAACAAUACCACUCAUUCUUGCGUUCAUUCAGCUCCGUUCUGCUCAUGCUCAUUGGCGCCAAAGCGCCAUUUCAUAAACUGCGAACUAUUAGUGUUUUUAUUGGACCAUUUUUCGUGUUUGCAUACAUGGUCACCAUUGUUAUGAUAUUCCUUAACAUGUUUCUAGCGAUACUUAAUGACGCCUACACAGAGUCCCGCGAACAGGGACAAGAGGGACUCCAGGAUUUAAAGAUUUCAAAACUCUUGAAGAAGAAAGCCAAGAAAAUAGUCAUGGGAACUAAGGAGGUCGUAAUUAAAGUUAUUCAAGCAGUUCCAAAAUUUGCGUGGCUUAAACAGUCAAAAACUUUUGUAGCGUUUGAAAACGAGGAAUGGAAUGGACCUGACCCAGUAGAAGAAGGCUCUGCAUCUAACGAUGGUGAUAAUAUAACUUUAAGAGACAUAAUGGUAUUGCUUAAAAGUAUAAAGAAUGACAUCAGUGACUCUGUUCUGUCCCUUGAUGAUAUUGUUCCUGUGGUAACUAUUCAUGAUCCAGAUGAAAAAUGGACCUACCGACAAUGCUAUUCUGAUGACGAAGAUGGACAGUUUUACUCAUGCUCAUCUUUAUUUAGGAGCGAAUCAAACAGGCAACUCUGCUUGACGUCUGACAAAAGCGAGCUGUUUAGAUAUGAUCAUCUUAUUAUGGAUGAGUGGAACAGAAGAAACAAAUUAGUUGGUGAAACGUUCGUCUGA